AUGGAUUUCAUCAAGACCAGUUCCCUGCGUGCUCUGAGUGAGUUAACUUUCCAACGCAAUUGGAUUGGCAUCAUUUGGAUGAGUAGAAAAGGAGUUAUGAUCAAAUUAGUGAAGACUGGUCCAGACGGCCUUAUCGAGAAUCGCGUCCUGAAGCCGCGCACGCCGGCCGAUCGAGGAACGAACAUACCGCGACCGUGCCGCGCAUAUCAUCCGCGUCCCGCUAAGUCCACGGCCGAUCCCACGUACCGACCCGGGAAGCAUCGUCCCGCGGUCGGCCAACCACUUCCACACGCCACCAUCCGUGCACGACCGCCGCGAGCGAACAGGAAGGCAAAGCCUCGCGGCCGCGCGGCACAACCCAUGUACCGCGGCCGACCCAUCCGUCCGAACAGGAAGCAUCGUCCCGUCCGGCCAAGUUCAUCGGCCAAUUAUCCAUCCGUCCGACCCCGCGGCCGAACACGAAAACUGUCGGCCACGAUCGUUCCGACCGUACCGAUGGCCGAACGAUCCGACGACCGGCCGAUCGUCCCGACCGACCGUCCGAACGCCGCGGUCGACCCGAAGCCAACAAUUCAAGCCCAAGCCGGCGCCGACUUAGCUAGAUUAGGUCUAGCCGCUUUUUCAUACUUAGUGCAUUAUAAAUACUUCUUUUUAGCCUUGCGAUCCCACUUCGCCACAUACCACCUCAAAGAGACCUCUUGGACGAACAAGAGAUGUCAAGCCCUCAAGCACCACCACCUUCUUGGGAUAGUCCUCCAAGAUAUCCUCUUGAAGACCAAGAAGAAACUUCUUCCCUACCUUGAAGCAGCCGACCUGGAGACGUCUAGCCAAGCCGCAUCAUACAGAGAAGAACACCUUCUAGCCACACCAGAAGAGGAGAUUGACCCUGAGCUGAUCGAGUUCGUGAAGAGAGAUCAAUUCCAUGAUCUGUUUUCAGAGUAUGCACUGGAGCACAUAGAUCACUUUGAGAAUCUUUGUGAUUCCUAUGGAGUUUUUGACUUUGAGAAGAAGAUGAUGCUAUUCAGCACAUCACUAGCUGGACCAGCACUAGAUUGGGCGCAGCAUGAACCGCUUUCUACAAUCGAGUCAUGGAUCGAUUUUAGAGAAGCUUUCUUGAAGAGAUUUGCAAGGUCUUUUGGAGCAUUCUGGAGCAUAUGGGACGUGAGGAGCAUGGAAGGGACUUGGCGCAUGGACGCAGCUCAACUGGAUACGCAAAGGAAGAAGGAGGAAGCCAUCUUGAAGACCAGCUCGACCAUCUACUCGACCAACCGGUCGAGUUCCUCAACUCGACCGGCCAAGCUUCAACUCGAUCGAGCUGAGAAGUCAAAGUCAAACCCGAAAAAUGUUGCUUCCCCCUUGACUUUCCUUUGA